AGCUGGGACUACAGGCGCCCGCCCGCCACCACGCCCGGCUAAUUUUUUUUGUUUGUUUGUUUGUUUUGUUUUUUUUAGUAGAGACGGGGUUUCACCACGUUAGCAGGGAUGGUCUAGAUCUCCUGACCGCGUGAUCCGCCCGCCUCGGCCUCCUAAAGUGCUGGGAUUACAGGCGUGAGCCACCGCACCCGGCCGGUCUCUGGUCUCUUUAAGGAACAUCCACACGUCAUUCGUGUUCAGAACCCCCGGAGCAGGGUUGCUUGGCUGCAUCAGUGACCGAGCUCGUUACUUUGUUGGAAGUGGAGAGUGGAGGGUCAGAAGGGAGUGGACUGGGUCAGAUCCCAGGGGGAAUCCUCCCUCCCUCUGAGCCCUCUUUCUUCUCCUCCCUAUUUCGCAGAUAUCCCGAAAUUAGGUCCCCAGCUUCCAAAGAGAGGAUCAGAAUGUCUCGGGAUAAUGACACAUUGAUGAGAGACAUCCUGGCGCAUGAGCUCGCUGCUAUGAGGCUGCAGAAGCUGGAACAGCAGCGGCGGCUGUUUGAAAAGAAGCAGCGACAGAAGCGCCAGGAGCUCCUCAUGGUUCAGGCCAAUCCCGACGCUUCCCUGUGGCUUUGGCGCUCUUGUCUGCGGGAGGAGCGCCUUUUAGGUGACAGAGGCCUUGGGAACCCUUUCCUCCGGAAGAAAGUGUCAGAGGCACAUCUGCCCUCUGGUAUCCACAGUGCCCUGGGCACCGUGAGCAGUGGUGGAGACAGCAGGGGCGAGCACGGCCUCCCGACACCGCGGACAGAAGCAGAAUUGAAGGAAGUCUCCGUGGAGAAUGGUUCCGUCUCUCCCCCACCUUUUAAACAGUCUCCGAGAAUCCGACGCAAGGGUUGGCAAGCCUGCCAACGACCUGGGACCCGUGCAGAGGGUGAGAGUGACUCCCAGGAUGUCGGAGAUGCACACAAGUCACCCAAUAUGGGACCAAACCCUGGAAUGGAUGGUGACUGGGUAUAUGAGAACUUGGCCUUCCAAAAGGAAGAAGACUUGGAAAAGAAGAGAGAGGCCUCGGAGUCUACAGGGACGAACUCCUCAGCAGCAACCAACGAAGAGUUGUCCAAGGCCCUGAAAGGCGAGGGUGGCACGGACAGCGACCAUAUGAGGCACGAAGCCUCCUUGGCAAUCCGCUCCCCCUGCCCUGGGCUGGAGGAGGACAUGGAAGCCUACGUGCUGCGGCCAGUGCUCCCGGGCACCAUGAUGCAGUGCUACCUCACCCGUGACAAGCGCGGCGUGGACAAGGGCUUGUUUCCCCUCUACUACCUCUACCUGGAGACCUCUGACAGCCUGAAGGUGCAGUCAGCCGGCCCAACAGCCUUGAGACACUUCCUCCUGGCUGGGCGAAAGAGAAGAAGGAGCAAAACUUCUAAUUACCUCAUCUCCCUGGAUCCUUCACACCUAUCUCGGGAUGGGGACAAUUUCGUGGGCAAAGUCAGAUCCAAUGUCUUCAGCACCAAGUUCACCAUCUUUGACAAUGGGGUGAAUCCUGACCGGGAGCAUUUAAUCAGGAAUACUGCCCGGAUCAGACGGGAGCUGGGGGCUGUGUGUUACGAACCCAACGUCUUAGGAUACCUGGGGCCUCGGAAAAUGACGGUGAUUCUCCCAGGAACCAACAGCCAGAACCAGAGAAUCAAUGUCCAGCCACUAAAUGAACAGGAGUCGCUACUGAGUCGUUACCAACGUGGGGACAAACAAGGGUUGCUUUUGUUGCACAACAAAACCCCGUCGUGGGACAAGGAGAACGGUGUCUACACGCUCAAUUUCCAUGGUCGAGUCACUCGGGCUUCGGUGAAGAACUUCCAAAUCGUGGAUCCCAAAAACGAAGAACAUCUGGUGCUCCAGUUCGGCCGAGUGGGCCCAGACACAUUCACCAUGGACUUCUGCUUUCCAUUUAGCCCGCUCCAGGCCUUCAGCGUCUGCUUGUCCCGUUUCAAUUAGAAGCUGGCUGUUGAAUAACUCAAUAAAAUACCAUACCCUUG